AUGCUAUCUUAGUGUCAGCUUUUUGCACACAAGUCAGCGUUAGAGACUGCAGAAGAGAAGAGAAGAGAAGAGAAGAGAAGAGAUGAUCAUCCUCUCCCGAUGGCGGAGAUGACUGUAAAGUACGGAAUCAUAGGAGUGGGAAUGAUGGGAAGAGAGCACCUCAUCAAUCUUCAUCAUCUCCGCAAUGAAGGCGUCGCCGUCGUCUGCAUCGCAGAUCCCCACCUCCCUUCACAACAAGUUGCCCUAGAUUUAUCUCAAUCAUUUAACUGGCCUCUCAAGGUUUUCCCGGGACACCAGGAGCUACUGGAAAGUGGGCUCUGUGAUGUGGUGGUUGUUUCAACUCCAAAUAUGACUCAUUACCAAAUCCUAAUGGACAUCAUUAACUACCCGAAACCCCAUCAUGUUCUAGUGGAGAAGCCUCUUUGCACUACAGUCAUGGACUGCAAGAAGGUAGUAGAGGCUGCUAAAAAGCGACCAGAGAUGCUGGUGCAAGUUGGACUGGAAUAUAGAUACAUGCCACCUGUUGCUAAACUUAUAGAAAUAGUUAGGGAUGGAGCACUAGGACAUAUCAAAAUGGUGGCCAUCCGGGAGCACCGAUUUCCUUUUUUGGUUAAGGUGAACAAUUGGAAUCGGUUCAAUUGUAACUCUGGAGGAACUCUGGUAGAGAAAUGCUGCCACUUUUUUGAUCUGAUGAGGCUGUUUGCUGGUGCAAAUCCUGUCUGUGUGAUGGCCUCUGGAGGUGUUGAUGUUAAUCACAAGGAUGAAAUUUAUGAUGGCAAAGUGCCUGAUAUAAUUGACAAUGCAUAUGUUAUUGUCGAAUUUGAGAAUGGUUCUCGAGGCAUGCUCGACCUUUGUAUGUUUGCCGAAGGGAGUAAAAAUGAGCAAGAAAUAUCUGUUGUUGGUGACAUUGGAAAGGGAGAGGCCUUUGUUCCUGAGAGUAUUGUGCGUUUGGGCACUCGACUAGAGGGAAGAGAUGAUGUCCAAACCCUAAAAGCCGAGGAUGACCGAAUCAAAUAUGAGGGACUACAUCAUGGUUCUAGCUAUUUGGAGCAUCUUAAUUUUUUGUCAGCAAUUAGAGCUAAAGGCAUAAAAGCUCCUGCCGUGGAUCUACACGAUGGGUUGGUUUCAGUUGCUAUGGGAGUUGCAGCGCAGCUUUCAAUAGAGCGAGGCCGAUUUGUCACAAUCAAGGAAGUUAUGAAUGAAAGCAAAUUCAAUAAUUUGGUGUCAUAAUCUUGGUGGUAGUGGUGGUUGCACUUGUUAAUCCUUUCUUUUUAUUUACCAAAAAAAAAAUAAAAAUGGAUGAUGUGAAAUGGUUUUGGCCAGCAAGAAAGCCUGCCAAACAAUGUGUUGAACUCUUGGUGAAACCUGUAUACAGGACUCUUGUAUUUGCUUGACAAAAAAAAAAAAAAAAACAGAGAAUCUUUUCAUCUUCUUGUGAAUAAAGAGGUGCUCUAUUGUACACCACAAUGAAGGAAUGUACUGUAAUGUGGUGCUUGUAAGUUGUUUCACUUCCCACAUAUACAAGAAAUCUGAAAUCUAUGUGGAUAACACAAGCUUUCUCAA